GCUGACGUCAUCGCAGACACGUUCCCUGACGUUUCCUGACGUUCCUGUGUCGUCGUCCUCUGACGGUAUGUGGAAAGUAAAAAUGUCGGAGGAGGUCGGAAAGGCGCUGCAGUCCGUGGUGGAGCGGGUCAACCAGGCGGCCUCACGCCGACCCAAGACUCUCCCCGCCGUGCCUCCUCGCCUCGUCGCCGUCAGUAAGACCAAACCUCCUGACAUGGUGGUGGAGGCGUACCGACAGGGUCAGAGGAACUUUGGAGAAAACUACGUGAAUGAGCUGGUGGAUAAGGCCUCAGACCCUCUGAUCAUAUCGUCCUGUCCGGACAUAAAGUGGCACUUCAUCGGUCACCUACAGAAGAGCAACGUCAACAAACUCCUGGGUGUGCCAAACCUGUACCUGGUGGAGACGGUGGACUCGGCCAAGCUGGCCGAUAAGGUGAACGGCUCCUGGCAGCGUCUGCGAGGGUCCAGCAUGCAGAGGUUAAAGGUCAUGGUUCAGAUCAACACCAGCGGAGAACAGAGUAAACACGGCCUUCCUCCGGACCAGACGGUGGACACGGUGAAGCACAUUGUGUCGCAGUGCCCCGCCCUGGACUUCUCAGGACUCAUGACCAUCGGACGCUACGGCUAUGACCUCAGCCUGGGCCCCAACCCGGACUUCCAGAUGUUGAUCAGUCGGAGACAGGAAGUGUGCGACAGUCUAAAGCUUCCCCUGGAGGACGUGGAGCUCAGUAUGGGCAUGUCUACGGACUUUGAACACGCGAUCGAGGUCGGCGCCACCAACGUCCGCGUGGGCAGCAUCAUCUUCGGGAACAGAGAGUACCCCAACAGCGCGGCGAACACUCCGAACCCGAGUCCCGGUCCGAGUCCGGCCCCCAGCCCGGAGAAAACCUCCAAGAUGGUGUCCGAGGAGGCAGCCAAGAAGAUGCAGCAUCUGAGCGUGUCGGGACACUAGGAGGGAGGAGGAGCUCGCCGUCUGCGUCUGAAGUUCAAAACUGUUCUGGAGCGGGGAGGCGGGUCGUCUCCACGCCGUGGGUGGAGCUCAGAUCACGGCCUCAUUUAGCGUGUGUUUGAUUAAUCCUCGUCACUGUUCGCCGCCCGCUCUCUAGAGCACCACGGAGCGGCGGCGGCGCAGGAGUAGUCUGAUGUUUAAUGUGUCACUAACCCGUAGGAAUCUACCGCCAGGUCAGAGCAGACGAGGCGGGAAGUGUCUGACAUGUUAGCGAGGAUUCGUUUGAUGUUUUCUACCUUUGACCCGACAUGUGACCGUGCAGAAACGUGACGUCUAACACAACAAUGUGGCGCUCUUCUUGUACAGACUCCGCCUUGAUUGAAUAAACCAUUGAUCCCUUUA